AUGCCAACCAUGUCUUCCCAGUCCUCGCCUCCGUCCUCGUCGCCCGCAUUGAAGCGCAAACAACAGACUAUAUCUAGUUUUUUCACAAAAAAGCCCUCUCCAAAUGGCCAGAAACCUUCCAGUCAAGCAGUUGUCCAAGGAGUUAUCCAAGAGAAAAACGAACAACAAGGGAAGAACAUUCCCUCUGGAAAAGAGAAUGCUGUCUUCGUGGGCAAAUCAUUUAGUCGCAUAGAAGAUGGACAACGCAAAGACGAUGACGAUGAUGAUAUUAUUUUGCCGGCUCCAAAACGAGCCAAGAUGGGCGACGCCGGAAAAUCUACUCCUACAGAGCCCCGAGCAGACGGCGACAUCCUACAAUCUUCACAACGGACGGAAAGGUUUAAGUUCUCGAGCUCACAAGCGGUAAAUGAGAAUGAGCAGCAGGGCGGGGACGACGAACAUUCCCGGAAGGAAAAAGAGAAAAUGCACCAGAAAUUCGUCAGGAAAUUAGGUGGACCAGAUUGUCUCGUCGGUAUUGGCAAAUCUGCCGCCAAUGAAGACGAAACUGCAGCAGGUGCAGAAGAUGCGGAAGACGACGAGGAGCCCGUUCCUGCACCGACGACCAAAGGAAGGCAGUCAAAGAAAUCCGGCUCGAAACUCACGCCAAUGGAAAAACAGGUCAUUGAAAUAAAACGGAAACACAUGGAUACUUUACUCAUUGUGGAAGUUGGUUACAAGUUUCGAUUCUUCGGUGAAGAUGCAAGAACCGCCGCGAAGGAAUUGAGUAUUGUGUGUAUACCGGGGAAGAUGCGUUUUGAUGAACAUCCGUCCGAGGCGCAUUUGGAGCGAUUCGCUUCAGCAAGUAUACCAGUUCACCGUUUGCAUGUCCAUGUAAAACGGCUGGUCACUGCUGGACACAAGGUCGGCGUGGUCCGACAGCUGGAGACUGCGGCACUCAAGGCUGCUGGAGAUAAUCGGAAUGCCCCCUUUGUCCGCAAACUUACGAAUGUCUAUACCAAAGGAACUUAUAUUGACGAUGCAGAAGGCUUGUCAGCACCAGCAGUGGCGUCCAUGGGUGCUACACCAGCAACUGGAUAUCUUCUCUGCAUUACCGAGUCAAAUACUAGUGGGAGUGAUGAGCGCGUACACGUGGGUAUUGUUGCCGUCCAGCCAGCAACGGGAGAUAUCAUCUAUGACGAGUUCGAAGAUGGCUUCAUGAGAGGUGAAAUCGAGACUCGAUUGCUUCAUAUAGCUCCUUGUGAGAUACUUAUAGUUGGUGAACUGACGAAAGCUACCGAGAAAUUGGUGAAACAACUCUCGAGUAGCAAAAUGAAUGUCUUUGGCGACAAAGUUCGAGUUGAAAGAGCACCACGAUCCAGAACAGCGGCGGUAGAAUCACACAGUCGCGUUUCGACUUUCUAUGCCGACAAAUUGAAGUCGACAGAGAAUGCAGAUGAUGGUAAAGCUAGUGCACUCCUAGAAAAGGUUUUACAACUACCUGAUCAAGUCACAAUUUGCCUUUCUUCGAUGAUUGACCACCUGUCUGAGUACGGCCUGGAGCAUGUAUUCGACCUGACUAAGUAUUUCCAGUCGUUUUCUGCACGGUCUCACAUGCUUUUAAACGGCAACACAUUGACAAGCCUAGAGAUCUACCAGAAUCAGACUGAUUAUUCUAGCAAGGGCAGCUUAUUUUGGACAAUGGACCGGACUCGAACUCGCUUUGGCCAAAGAAUGCUUCGUAAAUGGGUAGGGAGACCGCUUCUGGACAAAAGCCAGCUCGAAGAACGUGUUGGUGCUGUGGAGGAACUGUUGAACUCGGAACAGAACGCCCUUACUGAUAGGCUGAAGGAUUUAUUGUCCAAAGUCAAAAGUGAUCUGGAGAGGAGCUUGAUCCGUAUUUACUACGGUAAAUGUACACGGCCAGAGCUUCUUACUGUCCUCCAGACCCUACAACUGAUCGCAAACUCGUUUUCGCAUAUUAAUUCCCCUGCUGACACUGGAUUUGAAUCGACAAUUAUCAGCGAAGCUGUCGCUAAACUCCCUACCAUUCGGGAAGAUGUUGUCAUGUUCCUUGACAAAAUCAACAUGCAUGCUGCAAAGAACGAUGACAAAUACGAGUUUUUUCGUGAGUCAGAAGAGUCGGAUGAUAUUACGGAACAAAAAUUGGGUAUUGCAAGUGUCGAACAUGAUCUGGAGCAACAUCGUGAUGUCGCCGCGGAAGUGAUGGGGAAAAAGAAAGUGGACUAUGUCACUUCAUCUGGUAUUGAAUAUCUGAUUGAAGUUGAAAACAACUCGCCGCAAUUCAAACGUGUCCCUGCCUCGUGGGCCAAGAUCAGUGGAACGAAAAAGCUCUCUCGGUUUCAUACUCCUGAUGUGAUAAAGCUAAUUAGACAGCGAGACCAGCAUAAGGAAGCACUUGCAGCUGCCUGCGACAAGGAGUAUAUGAGGUUAUUAGCUGAGAUAUCGAGUAAAUAUCAGUCAUUCCGAGAUUGCAUUCAGUCCUUAGCGUUGCUUGACUGCUUGUUUUCCCUUGCCGCCGUUGCCAGCCAGCCGGGAUACACGAAGCCUCAAUACACUGAUCAAACACGCAUCGUGGUUGAACAGGGUCGGCACCCAAUGGUCGAGCAGCUUUUACUGGAUAGCUACGUUCCAAAUGAUACACACCUCGACUCGGACCAAACUCGAGCGCUGCUUGUGACCGGUCCCAAUAUGGGUGGAAAAUCUAGCUACGUCCGACAGGUAGCGUUGAUAGCAAUCAUGGGUCAGAUUGGUUCCUAUGUGCCAGCGAAAUCAGCUACCUUGGGCAUGCUGGACGCUGUUUUCACUCGCAUGGGUGCAUUUGACAACAUGCUGACAGGGGAGUCAACGUUCAUGGUUGAACUAUCCGAGACUGCAGAUAUCCUAAAGCAAGCGACGUCUCGUUCUCUAGUCAUUCUCGAUGAACUAGGUCGAGGCACAUCUACCCAUGACGGUGUUGCUAUUGCACAGGCUAUUUUGGAUCACAUGGUCCGCACGAUUCGCAGUUUGACCUUGUUCAUCACACACUACCAGAACCUCUCAGCGAUGGCCAAGUCAUUUCCGAACCACGAGCUUCGCAAUGUCCACAUGCGAUUCACUGAGUCUGGAGAUCGGAACGACGAGGAGAUAACUUUCCUGUACGAGGUUGGAGAAGGGGUAGCACAUCGUAGUUACGGACUAAAUGUGGCACGCUUGGCUAACCUUCCUCCGUCCGUACUAGACUUGGCUAGACAGAAGAGCAGUGAGUUGGAGGAGAAGAUCAGGCGAAAAAGACUUGUGAAUGCCGCUAAGAAUGUUGAAAGUAUCCUAACCAAGGAAUCCUCGGCGGUUAAUGAUGGCGGAGCAGAGCAGGAUUUGAUCAUUGAGAAGCUUAUUGGCUUCGCCGAGCAGCUUUGA